GGGUGCUGUCUGUCAUUUGACAUCCGCCAUUUUGCUACAAUUUUAUUUUCAUUAUCAAUUUACCAUCGACAACGCAUCAAUCACGUGAUUAUUUAUUGAUUCAUCUAUAAAUUAAGUGGAUAUCUUCGCCUGCUAUUUGUUUUCUUAAUCAUUUGUAACAUAUCACUGCGUUUAUUCAUCGAAUUUAAUAUGUCGGAGCAAUAUAACCUACAAAUCCCCACCGAGCAGGAGCCUACCAAUGAUAGCGACACUGAAAUGGAUCCUGCUGUGACAAUCAAAACUGAAGACGAUACAGGUCUUCCUCGAGAAGUGUUCUUUUUCAAUAAUAACUCCGAGGAACAACGUGGUUUUGUGCAGAAUAAUCAGAACUACGAGAUUCUAGGUGCUUCCAUUCCGGUGGACAAUGAGCACAUGGGACGUGUGCUGUUGAUGAAUUCGGAGCAGGAUACUGUCAAAAUGCGUCUGCCUGAAUUGAAGGGGGAGACUAGUGACUCGACGCAUUUUAUCAAGUACAAACCGGAUGGGAACGGGAAAAAUAUCAAGGUGUGGGAGUGUGGGAUUUGUCACAAGGAGUUCGGCCAUCAAUACAUCCUCAUGCGUCACCUGCCGACGCACACCGAUGAGCGGAAAUACGAGUGCAAGCAAUGUGGGAAAGCUUUCCGUCAGAUGUCAACGCUGUCACAGCAUCGCGCCAUUCACUCCAAGCUGCGUCCGUUCAUCUGUGAAGUGUGCCAGAAAACGUUUAAUCGUGUCUCGACGCUGAUCUCACAUCGCAAGACCCACACAGGUUUGAAACCACAUCGAUGUCAUCUAUGCAACAAGGCAUUUCAUCAGAAAGGCAACUUGAGAAAUCACAUCUUUACGCACACAAACGAACGUCCCUACAAGUGUGACGUGUGCAACAAGGGGUUUAACCAAAUGUCCAAUCUAAUGUGUCACAAGUUCAAAGCCCAUCAACGCGCGGAUAAACCCAAGUACAAUUGCCCCACCUGCGGGAAAUUAUUUGACAGACGCAUUGCAUUGCGUAAUCACAAACAAUACGAACAUGGCGAUAAUCAUUCCCCUAUGACCAGCGGGGAGUUUAAUGUCCCUACUGAUGGUACAGCCCCUCGGGAUAUGCCUGCCCCCAGUGUUAAUUACACCAAUGGUGUGAUGAUCCCUCGUAUUAAGACCAACGCCAUGAAACUUAUGUCUGGCUAUGGUCAGGUCCCUUUCGCUUUGCUAAAACCAUUAGAAGGUGUCCCUGUUUUGGUCCGGGUACUCCUCUCAGGUAUAAAAAGCCUACUUGUCCCUGCAACUGCUGACGAAUUGAAGAAGUACUGUAAGUUAACCCCGAAAGUUGAACCAAAUUCCGAGGAAAACAAAGAUAAAGACCCAAAAGGUCCCAACACUGGUGUGGUUGUGGUUAAGAUACCCGUGGUGGCUACAGUUAUCCAACGCUGGCGUAAUGGUCAGGUAUGUCUGGACAUUGUCGAACCAGGUCCUGAUCCAGAGUCACGUCCCUGUGUGAAUGGCAGUGAUUACGAGGAAGAAGAUGAGAAUGAAGGGGAGUCCAGUGCGGAUGAAAAGGACUUUGCCAACUUGAAUGAGUUUGAUGAUUCUGGCUUGGAUACGGAUAUGAAUAUGUUUGCAGCCGCGGCUUCUUUGAUUGAUUUGCGCACGCGUCCUCAGGCCAUCGAGGUGGAUCAAGCAAGUGUUGAGAUGUUUAAUCAUGAUGAGUUGGAUAUUGAUAUUACCAACUCGGUGAUUGAUCUGGAGAAGGACCAUCGUGCGUGUGGUAUGAUUACCGAGAGCUGCUUUGAUAAGGAUGACAAUGAGUUUGAGGUAGGUGGCUUGUACAUGUUUGUAUACUGGGUGUUUAUGGAGAUGUUUUUUUAACAGAUUGAUGUUUAUGUUAGCGCUGAGGAAGAUUCUGAAGACUCUUCUUAGUUUAACUUUAAUUUCUUUGGGUUAUAUUUAAAACUGUAAUGGUCAUGGCACCACUAGUUUGGCUUAAGUUAAUGUAACUUAAAUAUUUGAUCACUU